AUGGAUUGGAGAAAGUUGUUUGAAAUUUCAAAAGGUCUUGACCUUGAUUUUUAUCCUCCGACACUACGCGAUGGGUCUCCGGUGGUUCAGCCACCGCCAGAGGUUUUUGAAGAUGGGAUAGCGGAGUGGAAACACUCGUUAGUAGGACAAUUCCUUGGGCCACCUCCAAAUUUCAUCUCAAUGCAAAGAAUCGUUGAAGCCAUGUGGAAAAAUGCUUCGAAUGGCAGUCCGGUUCGCAUCAGCAAAGCAGGUAACAAUCUCUUCCUCUUUUCUUUUAGUUCGAAUGCUGCUAGAGAUUGGGUGUUAGAACAUGGACCUUGGCAUAUCUACAACAAACCGUUGAUCCUUAGAAAUUGGGAACCAAAUAUGAAAAAACUCAGUUUUGACCUAACAAAAAUUCCAGUUUGGGUUCACUUAUUCAAUGUCCCUUUAGAACUUUACUCCCGAGCUGGUCUUAGUCAUAUUGCUAGUGCCAUUGGAGUCCCACUCUCCAUGGACUCUGUUACUGCAGAAAAAACAAGGUUGGAAUUUGCAAAAAUCUGUUUAGAAAUAGGGCCAAAUGAUAAAAUACCUGAGUAUGUGGAGGUCGUAUUGAACGAUGGGUCUGUUACUUCAGUGUUUGUGGAGAUCCCUUGGUUACCACCAAGCUGUAGGAGUUGUAAAAUGUUUGGCCACACAGAGAAGGGCUGUAAAGUUCACAAACAGACUGCCCAGCAGCCUACACAAGUAUGGAAAAGGAAAGAAACUAUUCCUAAUGCUAAUGAUUCUGAACCGUUAAUAGGAGGAACUGAGAUGUUACAAGGAAAUUUAACUUCUGUUAGCAACAACAGUAAGGAGCUUAUUUCAACUGAAGUUAGUACUGACUCAAGCAAUAACAUUAUUCCCACUGAUCAAAUUAUUUCUGCUGUUAAAGAAGAUGUUAUACUCCCUGACCUUACUGUUCCUUCAGUAGAGGUUACUGAACCUACUUUGUUAUCACGGGAAAGAGGCAAGACUUCAUCGACAACUGUGCUUGCUGGGUCAAAAAACAGAUUCGAAAUACUAUCCGUAAUUGAAGAUUCAUCUCCUGUUUUGAAUGAAAGUAAACCAAAGAAAAGAGAAGCAUCUAAAGGUGUAGCCAAUCUUUUGAACGAACUGAAAACAAAAAAGAAAGACCGUUUUGAUAAAGCUAAAAAUAUUGUAGUAGGAGUUAAUGUGGCUGCUACAUCCUCUCUUUCUCAAUGA